GCUUGGAACCAUGGAGCUGCAUAACAUUGGCAAUUGCGCUCUCUUGCAUUUCUCUGCUUGCUGGAACUCUGUGUGAAGCUCUAGUGUCAUUCUAGGAAGCCAGAAUGGCAACGUCGAGGAACAUAAUCCGCCGGGCGCUCAUGUACGUCCCCGGCUCCUCCAAGAAGAUGCUAGACAAGACCGCCUCCAUGCGCGUCGACACCGUCGCCUACGACCUCGAAGACUCCGUCGCACCUCACAUGAAACAAGAAGCGCGCCGCAACCUCGUCUCCAUCCUCUCCAAGCCGCGCCCCAGCACCAUCAAGGAAAUGUGCGUGCGUAUAAACAGCGUAGACACGGGGCUCGCCCUCGACGACCUCAGUUCCGUGCUCAAGGGCGAGCAUCUCGACGCCAUCAUGCUGCCCAAGUGCGAGAGCGCUGCGGACCUGCACUUCGUCACCGACGUGAUACGGCAUGUGCUCCCUGAGCGACACCCUGCGGAUGGCGUGCAGAGGGAGGGUGCGAGACCGCCCAUAUCGAUAAUAGCGCUGAUUGAGAGUGCCAAGAGCAUACAGAACCUCGCUGAGAUAUGCAAAGCGAGUCCCUAUCUCUCAGGAUUGGUCUUUGCCGCCGAGGACUUCGCAAAGGACAUGAGUAUAACACGGACGCCGUCGCUGACGGAGUUCCUGUAUGCGCGGUCAGCUAUCGCAACGCAUGCAAGGGCCGCCGGGUUGCCGUCUACGAUCGACCUGGUGUGCACGGCGUACAAGGGACCCGAGGGUCUCAAGACGUUGGAAGAGGAGUGCCUGAAUGGGAAGGGCAUGGGGUUCAACGGGAAGCAGUGUAUACACCCAAGCCAGAUCGAGGUAUGCCAGCGGGCGUUUGCGCCUGGAGAGGCAGAGGUAGAUUGGUCGGCGAGGGUUGUGAUUGCCGACGAGAAGGCAAGCAAAGCUGGACGCGGCGCUUGGACACUCGAAGGGAAGAUGAUCGAUGUGCCCGUGGUCAAGAAAGCGAGAGCAGUCCUUGAAAGAGCCGAGCUAUGCGAGAUCAAUGUGGAUGCUGUACGAGAAAGGUGGAAGAAUCAGGAGCCAGAGUAGGCACAGCGAUGCAUAGAGACAUGUUGUACAAUUGACUGGUAUGUGCCACCCUAUUUACACCGUAAUCAUGACGCUGGCGUUCUUGUACCAGCUCAACAACGGGUUCUCUCCAUUCCGCGUCUGCGUCUCUUCGAUGUCUGCGCGGCCAGACAUGAACACCUCGUGUGAGUAUGUGCGCGCGAAGCGCCCGGUUAUAGCAGUAUACAUGGGCUCGAUAACUUCGAAAUCGGUGGGGAACAGAAUGUCGAAAUAGCCUUGGUGGACCUGUACAUAGUUAGCAUUGUUCAGAUCUUUGGAGGGUACAUGGAACUUACGAGAGGUGUGCUGACGGGUAUCAUCUGCCUCU